ACACCACAUACGUCGGCCUCGUCAGACCUUGAGCAACGAGCGGCUCGAAUACUCGACCCCGGAAUAGGCGAGUCUCACCUCAAAACACGAUUCCUUGUUGCCACCGAAAUCCGUGAGAUCCUCGAUACCCUACGAGACGCGGAUGCCUCUCGAGCACUACCUUUCAUUAUUCCUCCCCUCGUCGAGCUCCUCCAGUCCGGCGAAGUGUCUUUUCGCAAAGAGAGCCUCGAGUUUCAAUUUCGCUCUGUCGUGCUGAGCAUCCUGACCCGUCUCCCGACCAGCGAACACGCCAAGCCACACGUACAGUCCAUCUACAAUUGUCUGCUCCAUGUUAUUCGACAGGACAACGAGGAGAACGGUGUCUCGGCUUGUAAACACAUCGUUGAGCUCGUACGAGCGUACCGCAUGCUCACCGAAGAGAACCUCCGCGACUUUACCUCCCUCUUCAAGGACGUCUUUGCGAAUAUCAAGCCCAUGACCGAACAAUUGCUCUCUGAAGGUUCCCCGGAACUGGAUCCCGCCAUCUCGCUGCCAAGCAUCAAGAGUUUUAAGGUUACAGCGGAACUGGGGCUGGUGAUGGCGAUGUUCUCGCAGAUACAGAGGGAUUUGAUUAGGUCGGUGGUGCAGGUGACGAUCCCCCCGGCGUUUGAGGUUUUGUGUCUGGAGGCGCCUGCCCAGAAGAAAGCAAGGGAGGAGUUUGAGGCUGCUGGGGGGUUUUGGGCGGGCAUGGCGCCUACUAUCACCAAUCCGGGGUCGUAUGGGGACCUUGUGAAUGCCCAAAUCAAGAUGUUGUCCUACCUUGCCUUUAUUAUGAGGUUCAAUCCAGAAUCUUCAGAUGUUCAUGGGGAGACCCUUGUUUUGCACGCGUUACGUAUUUUACAAGAUUGUCCGAUGAAUGGAAUACCACAGAGAAAGGAACUCAUGGUUGUUUUCCGUCAUUUAAUGGGCACUUCCUACAGGAAGGCCCUUCUGCCACAGAUAGAUAAGCUGUUCGAUGAACGGGUUCUGCUCGGGACAUGUUUGGGGGCCAAUGAGCUGCUUAGGGCGACUGUAUACACUGCAUUUACCGACCUAUUCCAUCACGUUCGCAACGAUCUGACAUCAGCACAGCUCGAACGAAUCGUUCAUGUCUAUUCCCGACAAAUUCACAACCCCGCUUUGAGCAUCAAUCUCCAUACGCUGUCAGCGAAGAUGAUGUUUGGUACCGCGGAUGCCAUCAUUGCGAAGGAGACGCCACAGGGUGCGGCGCGGAUACUGGAGCUGAUGUUCAAAAGCUGUUUGGACAGGCUUGAUGCCCUGACUCUUGUGCAUGAAAAUAUUCUUGCGGCUUUGGAAAGAGCGAAGACUGGGCAGGAGGUUGCUAUAGAUGCUGCUUUCAUUGAGAAAGCACGUCCCGUCGGUGGUGCGGCAUAUGCUUUAGAGAAACCGGAGGAUGUAGUCAAUGAGCUGCGUAUGUUCUUCAAAACCCUUCUCCAUGGCUUCCGUGUCUGCCUAGCCGGCCUUCGGAAGUGCGAGGCUCCUACACCCGAUGGGACUUUGAUCUUCCGUAUGUUUGAAGGAUGUGUUCGCUGUCUUGCGAACAUGGACUCUGAUAAUCGUACCGACGCGGCGAAUGAUGCUAUUGAAUGGUUCUCGCCUAUUCUCUCAGAGAUAAACCUUCAUGUCUUCCAGGAAGUCUGGACUCACAAGAUGGAGUUCUUCUUCGAGUGCGCGCAGAAACGCGUGGCGCUUUUGGGAAUAUGCUCGUAUCUGUUCAAUAGGGAGGCCACGUCGCCGACACUUCUCGCCAUAGUCCUUCAGUUCCUUGUUGAUAGGCUCCCAAUGCUGGGAGAGUAUGAGGAUCUGGUGGUUGCAACGACAAUACGCCUCUACAAGACCGCCUUUGCAGCCGUAGCAAGCCACCCUGGGACGAACGAGAGCAUACUGGCUCUGCACCUAGGCAAGCUGUUGAUGGACUGUUUCCCGUUGGCUGCGAAAGCAACCAAACCAACUCACUAUUUCCACCUGUUGAGGGCACUCUUCAGGUCUAUUGGAGGUGGGGGUGGUCGAUUCGAGUUGUUGUAUAAGGAGGUCCUUCCGCUCUUGCCUGAGAUGUUGGAGUGUUUGAACAGACAGCUCCACUCUUCAGAGGGUGCGACAAGAGAUAUGAUUGUAGAACUCUGCCUCACGGUGCCAUUGCGGUUAACGCAUUUACUGCCGCAUCUUUCGUAUCUCAUGCAACCCCUCGCUUUGGCCCUCAAAGGCAGUCCAGAGCUGGUGACCCAAGGGCUUCGCACACUUGAACUGUGUAUCGAUAACCUCACACCAGACUUUUUGGAUCCCACGCUCAAUCUUGUCCUUCGAGAGUUGAUGGAAGCGCUGCAUAGCCAUUUAAAGCCUCAACCUGCGAAUCAUAUCUUGGCACAUACUACCAUGCGAAUUCUAGGGAAGCUGGGCGGGCGGAACCGACGCCUAUUGUCCAAGGAACCAUGUUUGAAAUACCAGCAUCAUUCAGAGCAUCCGAAAAUGGCGAUCUCGUUUUCGGGAAAGGUGGGAAAGGUUGACCUAGGUCCUGCUGCACUUCUUGCUCGUCAGACUCUGACGACGGGUACGCCAGCUGAUGUUACCCACGCUUAUGAGUAUUUGGAACGUUGUCUUUCUAUCAUGCUCAACGACGAUAUCAAAGGGGAGAAUGCAGAGCGACUGUUUGUCAGUGCUAUGGAAGGCAUCUAUGAUGCUACACAUGUUGCACAGACCCAAGAACAGGCUGAACAAUUUGUGAAACGAAUGGGUCAGCGGAUUUUCGAGUUGGAGACUCGCCGAUCUUCACCUCGCGAUGCUGGAGCCCGACAAGCCCCCAGCGCCCUCCUUUUAGCUUUCAUCGAUGCCAUUCCCCAUGCCCUUGCACGGGAACAAGCUGAAGAGGCUAAGAAGGCAAAUAUACUGGUGGCGUCCGUCAUUCAAAAUUUGGUCAACACAAUCGGUCAACACAGCAUGACACUUCCCGAAGUCACCCCCAUUUUGCACCAGUUCUCUACCCGGUUCAUAGCGCUCUGCUUCGGCGACUCGUGGGUACGAAAGAGGGCUGGUUGCAAUGGUAUCAGAAUCAUGACCUCGACGAUGCAUGUAGGGGCCAGCUGGACCGCAGAACGUGAGCUCGAGAUCUUGAGAGCCCUUCUUCACGUCCUCAAGGAUUUGCCUGCGGACCUUCCUCGCGAUACUGAGGAAAUCGUGGAUGUACUCACCACGGUGUUGCGCAUUGGAAACGCAAAUCUGGACUAUACAACCGAAAACGGACAUCAGAACCGCCUCAAAUUGAUCAGUCUGGUUGGGCAGAUCUUCCCUGAGCUUCAGAGCUCAAAUGCGGUGGUACGGCAGGCAGCUCAAACUUCCAUCGGGUUGUUGGUUGAAUUCAGCGGAAGUGCGGCGACACAGCUCCUAAUGCCGCAUCGAGAUCGUAUGCUUGGGGGGAUAUAUACCAAGCCCUUGAGAGCGUUGCCUUUCUCAAUUCAAAUAGGCAUGAUCGAAGCUGUCCGGUAUUGUGUAAGCCUUGAUCCACCGUUGGUGGAAGUGAACGACGAGCUCCUCCGGCUGUUGCAUGAGACGUUGGCUCUGGCUGAUGCUGAUGAUUCUGCCCUUGUUGGCCGAGGGAAUGUUCGUCAAAGCAGUAUCGAAGUGACCAAGCUGCAUGUUGCCUGUAUCAAGCUGUUGACGGCUUCCAUGCCAUUGACAGAUUUCUUUAGUAAGCAACAUCAGACGAGGCAGAGGGUAACAAGUGUGUACUUCAAAGCACUGUACUCGCCCUCUCAUGAGAUCAAAGCAGUUGCUUAUGAUGGUCUGAAGAUGGUUCUUGCUCAUCAGAAUAGACUCCCUCGAGAACUUCUCCAGACAGGACUACGUCCCAUCCUCAUGAAUCUCGCAGAUCCCAAACGCUUGUCCGUUCCCGGGUUGGAAGGCCUUGCACGCCUUCUUGCCCUGUUAACAAACUAUUUCAAAGUCGAGAUCGGACAUAAACUGCUCGAUCAUUUCCGCGUUGUCGCCGAUCCUCAGAUGCUCCAGGCGUCUUCGAGGCUACCUUUGGUAGAGAAUGAGGGAAUCACCAAACUUGUCCGUUUGGCCAACAUUUUCCAUCUCCUCCCGUCGUCAGCCAAUAUUUUCCUCGACAAUCUCAUCAAUGCCAUUGUUCAGACUGAGGCACAAAUGCAUUUCUCCGGUCGUAGCCCCUUUUCUGAGCCACUAGCGCGAUAUUUGAACCGGUACCCAGCUGAGGGCAUCGACUUUUUCCUCAGACAUCUGACCUUCCCUCGGCAUCUGCGGACCUUGCGUAGCAUCUUGCAAGCGAAAUUAGCGCCCAGACUGGAGUCCGACCUUGCAUCGCGUACCUCCACAAUCGUUGCUCAUUUCAUUCGGGGAGGCAAUGAGGCUCAAAUUCUUCCUGCUCUUCUACUCUUCAUGGAUCUCGCUAGCAUCGCACCUAGCUGGAUUCAGCAGCAUGCUUAUGCCAUCGAUGCAUUGGUGGAUGUUUGGCAUGCUGAUUUACCUGAGCGAGAUGCCAUUGUGUCACCGGAAGUAAUCGAGCGCCAGUCCAUUAUCCUUUCAAUAUUCAAGAUGGUUCUUGAACAAUGUCCUCGUAUUGAUCUUGUCUUUGAGAUUGUCUCUGUAUACACGCGCACCCUGGAGACAGAUUUGAUUCGCACAACUCAUUUCCUAUACAAGCAUGUCGCGCUAUCCUACGACGGUAUAUACCGGCGCAAUGUCUUGAUGCGAUUCCUAACCUGGUUUGACGAUCCAGCCUGUUCUUGGUCUCACAAAGCCUAUUUCAUCCGCUACAUUGUAACACCCACUCUUCUUGUACAGGCGUCUCGUUCGAAGGAAGAACGCUUAGUGGGCUUGGACUUUGUUGAAAGAAUUAGCAAGAUGAUCUGGCGGCGGAUAGCGGACCCGAAAGCUUUCCAGGACACCGACGAUAUGUUCAAGAUUGAGCUUCUGCAUUUCACUACUGUGAUGGUGAAGCAUUACCCAGAUUUGAUGGAACAUGCCCGGAAAGAUGUACAGGUGUGCUCGUGGCACUACAUUGGCUCUACCGACGACCCUAUUGUGAAACAUGCCGCUUAUCUUCUGAAUGCACAUUUCUUUGCGGCGUAUUCUUCGCCGUACAAGUUCAUUAUGCGUACGUGGACAGGUUUACUGCGAAACACCGAAGGACGUGGGCAUCUCCGUCAAGAGGCUCUGGCAACCCUUGCACCUGCCCUCCAAGCAGAGACACCUGAGUCCGGAUUUCCUCAGUGGGCGGUGACCGCAAGGCGCAUGCUUUCGGAAGAAGGAGGAUCGUCCCACUUUUUCACGCUCUAUACUCUGAUCAUCAAAAAUCCAUCGCUCUUCUAUCCUGUUCGUGGUUUAUUCAUAACCUUCAUCGCCAAUUCUCUACCCAAGCUGGGCCUCACCCAAAACUGUACAUUGGAGUCGCGCAAUUUAUCGAUAGAUAUCUUGCAAAUCAUAUUCAACUGGGAAAACCAGGCCAAGAAAGAACAAGAAGCUAAGAUGGACGUAGAUGGAGCACAUCAGAAAGAUGUGUGGUUGACGCCCAUGGCAUACCGGGAGAACAUGGUCAGUUACCUUGUUCGCUUGGGGGCCAACCUUCAUGAGACACCGGCCAAAAAUCACGUCGUUCCCCGAGCUCUUGCUCUACUGAAGGUUAUGGUGGGUCCCAAUGGAUGGACCGAUGUUCAGUUUGGUCUUCGGUUCUUCUUGCGAUCGCUUGAACAGAACGAAUUGAACAAUGAACAGACCAUCGCGCUUGCGGUCUCUUCAGCAAAGGUUCUUCAAGUCAUCUGUGCGGAGCAAAGUGAUGCCUGGUAUACUAAGAAUGCCUCCAUACUCCAACAGCUUGUGAAAAAGGGAAUGAUCACCGAUGAGAACGCCCUGCAUGAUGCUCUAGGGCCCAUCUUCGAUCGCCUUCUUAACCUAUUCCCCUUACCCAAAGAGGAGGAGGACCAGCCAGGAGAGCUUUCGGAGUUUCAUUCCUUCGUCUAUUCAGCUGUUGGGGAAGCACUGCGAAAUACGACAACCGUUCGGGGUGCUCUCACUAUUUUGCAGUCGGUGGUGAAAACCUCACCGGAGAGAAUCGAAUCCUUUGCCACGCCUCUUGUCAAAAUUUUGACUAGGUUGACCAGGGAGCAUGCUACGCCCGGCUCAAAAGAUGUCGCAUACGAGAGCACAGUCCGCCUCAUCAUCACAAUCAUCGACAUCUGUCAAACCUCAAUAGCUUUCUUAGCGGACCAGCGCCGGUUAUUCUUAACCAGCCUUGUUGCUCUCGCCGAGAAAUCUAAGAACCCCGCUAUCUGCCGCCAUAUCCUGGACCUUGCUCGCACAUGGGCAUUAGUCAAGCAAGAUUCUUAUCCAACGUCCAAAGAUAAGGCUAAUCUCCUCAACAAAAUGGGUGCUUACGAAACGAGGGGCGACUCUUUGUUUAACUCCUACCUCGAACUCAUCUACGAAAUUUUCACCGAACCUAGCCUACGUCGCAGCGAUCUCACGACCCGGUUAGAACCAGCUUUCUUGCUGGGUUGUCGAGCAAAGGAUCCCAGCCUGAGAGAGCGUUAUAUGGAUUUGCUGGACUCCAGUGUGCCUCGCUCCCUUUUCAAUCGCAUGACUUACAUCUUUGGCGUCCAGAAUUGGGAAAUUUUAGCCGACAACAACUGGAUUUACCUGGCUCUUCAUCUUUUGCUUGGGGCAACAGAUAAUCUUGACACUCCGAACCCGCGUUCCUUUGCAGCCAGCGCACCAUUGAUACCGCGUGCCAAAAUCCAGGACAUCGUGCGCUCCCUGCAACGGCUAUCGUUCCUCGAUCCUCAGACUGCUCAUAACACAUGGGUGUCCAUUUUCCCUGCCGCUUGGUCGUGUCUCUCUCGACGGGAGCAAGCUGACAUCACAUACCACAUGAUUAUCCUGUUAAGCAAGGAUUAUCAUACGAGACAGGCUCACGUCCGACCGAAUGUCAUCGAAACUCUACUCAGCGGAAUCCAUGCCUGUUCCCCGCCUAUGACCCUACCCCCGCACUUAGUAAAGUAUCUAGCAAAGACCUUUGGUUGCUGGUAUGUCACCCUAGAAAUUCUCGGAGCCUCAAUGGAUACCGUCAAGGAUGACGAACCUAAUGUUCGCGACUUCGUUUAUGAUUCUCUUGCCGAUGUCUACGGAGAACUAGCAGAGGAUGAUUUAUUCUACGGCGUGUGGCGAAGACGAUGUCUGUACACGGAGACAAACAUCGCCUUAUCCUUUGAGCAGAAUGGGAUGUGGGAGCAGGCCUCCACUGCGUAUGAAACAGCCCAGAGCAGAUCGCGGUCGGGAACUAUCCCUUUUUCUGAGACGGAGUAUUGUCUUUGGGAAGAUCAUUGGAUAUUGUCCGCUGAAAAACUGCAACAGUGGGAAAUCUUGUAUGACCUCGGGCGAUCUGAUAACAAUCCCGAGAUGAUGUUAGAGUGCGCAUGGCGACUAAAGGAUUGGAUGGAGAACAGGGCUGCUAUGGAAGACUUGAUCAACCAAUUACCCGAAGUACCUACUCCCCGCCGCCGUGUUUUUGAGGCAUUCUUGUCCCUUCUCAAAACACCAGGCGCUCUGGAGAAAAACACGGAGUUCACCCGGAUUCUUGAGGAUGGCGUACAACUGACGCUGCGCAAAUGGGUCGGUUUGCCAUCACCAUUAUCCGCCGCCCAUAUCCCUCUCCUCCAGCACUUCCAGCAGUUUGUUGAACUUCAGGAAGCCGUGCAGAUAUUCGGAUCCCUUUCCCAAACGACAUCACAGAAUCUGGAAAAGAAGUCUUCAGAGCUGAAAAUGGUCUUGCAGGCAUGGCGAGAGCGCUUACCAAAUCUCCAUGACGACAUUGGCAUUUGGAGCGAUUUAGUUGCGUGGCGGCAGAACGUGUUCAAUGCUAUCAACAAUGCCUAUAUACCGCUCAUAGGUGGUUCAACGCAAGGUGGAAAUGGUGGUGCCAGUAACGCCAACACCUUUGGCUAUCGCGGUUACCACGAGACGGCCUGGAUUAUCAACCGUUUCGCGCAUGUUUCCCGGAAGCAUGAUCUAUUGGAAGCGUGCUUUACUUCGCUGGCCAAAAUUUAUACAUUACCCAACAUCGAAAUCUCAGAAGCAUUCCUCAAACUUCGUGAACAGGCGCGGUGCUACUACCAAAAGCCUAGCGAUCUUCAGGCAGGCUUGGAAGUGAUCAAUAAUACCAAUUUGCACUAUUUUUCCAACGCUCAGAAGGCCGAAUUUUUCACCCUCAAGGGCCUCUUUUACGCGAGAUUCAAUCGGAGGGAAGAUGCGAAUAUCGCUUUUGGGCAGGCUGUGCAGAUGGAUAUGAACCAAGCCAAGUCUUGGGCGGAGUGGGGACGGUGGAAUGACAGAAUGUUCAAGGAAUCGAAUCAGCAAGAUUUAUCGUGUGCUGCGAACGCCGUGAGCUGCUAUCUUCAAGCCGCAGGGCUUUAUAAAAGCGGGAAGGCUCGACCUCUAUUGGGCAGGGUUCUGUGGCUCUUGAGCUUAGAUGACAACACUUUCACGAUUUCACGAGCCUUCGACACCUAUAAGGGAGACGCUUCGUUUUGGUUUUGGAUAACCCUUAUUCCACAAUUGUGUCAAUCCAUUUCCCUUCGAGAGGUCAAACAAGCGCGAUAUCUGCUUCUCAAUCUAGCAAGGCAUUACCCACAGGCUCUUUUCUUCCAUCUCAGGACUACACGCGAGGAGAUGCAAGCCGGCAGGAAAGCGGCAGCCUUGCGCGCCGCCGCAGUGGCAGGGCAGGCCAUCCCCACAAGCGCCAUCGUAGGGCCAACCAACGGUGAUACACAUCCCGCUCCCGUAAACGCACCUCCGCAGCAGCAAACCGAUGGCAAUCCUACAUCCGAAGCGCGACUACCAUCUCGUAAGAGUUCUUUCCUUGAUAGCUAUCACUCUAUUGCUUAUGAAACUCAAGCUUGGGAGUACGUGGAGGAAAUAGUCCAGAUUCUCAAAGCAGCAUUCCCUCUUCUUCUCUUGAGCCUCGAGACGAUGCUUGAUCAGAUGAUUUCAAGGUUUAAACCCUCGAAUGAAGAAGACAUCUAUAGGCACAUAUGCUUACUCCUUCAAGACGGUUCCCAGCAUUAUCUCGUGCGCAUGAACUCAGCGAACGAAGACGUCGAUUUACCAGCACAGACGAUCCAAACCUUGCAAAAAAUUGCUCAGAACAUGCCAGGACGUGCGAAGGCGAGUAUACUUUACAAGGACUACGAGGAAGAUUUUGUCAAUACAAAGCUCACCCUCUACGAGUACAUUCACCGCCUGCAGGAGUGGCGAGACAGAUACGAAAAAAUUCUCGACGCUCGGCCACGUUUCCAGACUCUCGACAUUCUUAGUCACUAUUUGACAGAAUUCCAGUAUAGCAAAGUUGACGAGAUUGAAAUACCGGGGCAGUAUACUGAGGAGAAGGAUAACAAUCAAAAUUUCGUUAAGAUCUUGAAGUUCUCACCGAAAUUCGAGAACUGGCGUACUCAUGGUCUAUGUUCCAAGCGCAUCAUGAUGAUUGGAAGUGACAACUCUAGCGUCUCAUUUUGUGCCCAGCAGCCACCCUUCCGCCACAGUCGUCGAGAAGAGCGAAUAAUGCAGUUAUGUCGCACCUUUAACGGCGUUUUGGCGCGGAAGAAGGAAACUAGGAAGAGAAAUUUGGCUUUCCAUCUACCAACCGCUGUAUUAUGCAGUGCCAGCUUCAGGCUAUAUAACAUGGAUGCUUCGUACGUAUCCUUCGGCGACAUCUACGACCUUCACUGUCAGGCGACUCGUAUUUCCCGUGAAGAUCCUCUAUUGUAUAGCGGCGAGAAAGUUAGAAGGAUACUGCGCGAAGCUAAGCAAACGGGGCAGGUCUUGAAACCGGAGUAUCUUACCCUCAAGAAACUCAUCUUUGACGAGAUUACCGCCAAGAUGGUUCCAGAAGACAUCAUCACUCGGUACAUGAUUCGUACCAUGGAUGGACCAAGCGAAUUGUGGCGGAUGCGAAAGCAGUUUGCACUGCAAGUCGCUGCCUGUAGUUUCAUGACGUACUUGCUCUGUGUUGGCGGGCGGCUACCAUCCCGCUUCUACAUAUCUCGUUCGACGGGUCAAAUUGCGAUGACAGAACUCCUACCUUCUAUGACGAGCAACCAUCCACAAUUUGCAACAAGCGACGUGGUCCCUUUCCGUCUGACCCCAAAUAUGCAACAUUUCAUGUCUCCUAUUUUCAUGGAGGGUAUUCUUGCUACUAGUUUGAUGGCUAUGGGACGUUGUCUUACGGAGCCAGAGUAUGAGCUGGAACCACAGCUCUACCUGUAUGUUCGCGACGAAGUUCUUGUCUGGAUGCGCGGUACCGGAAAACAUUGGAAUCCGCAGCAGACACAAUCGGUCACAGAUAAUGUCAAAACUAUCGUCAAACGCGCAGAAGUGUUUGCCUGUAAGAUUGAACGCGAACAAGCUCUUCAGGGUGUCCCUCUCCAAGGUCCAGUGAUGCAGACCGUCAUUAAUUUGAUUGCCACCGCCACGAACCCCGUUCAAUUAUCAAAAAUGGGAGAACUUUACUCUCCUUGGUACUAA